UUUGUGGGCGCACGCGCAAACACUGCCUCCGUACUACUUAAACGAGAUGAAUUUAUAACUAGCAGCGCCGAGAUUACUAUCUGAAAGAAUCUGUUCUAAAACUAGAAGGUUCGGAUUGUGAGAUGUUGUCAGAUUGUCUAUUUUUUUUAACCACCCUCCGCCCUUUUAAAAAAUGCACACUCGACACCGCUUCUACGAGGCUCGGAAAGAGACCUUUUUCUGUACACGCCUCCGGCAUGAUAAUAGGCUAUCUAACAGUACUGGCUACUGGAUAACACGUCAUUCGUCAAGUGGAAAAAUUUAGCACCGAAGUUGCUCGCCUCGUCAUAGGAUGGAGGGGGAGGGGAGAACGUCGGACGACAGGAAAGGGGUGCGAAUGGCACGUGUCCUCCUUUGUGUAAAUUGCAGUCCCCAUAGUACCUCUCUGUGACUAGUGUACCCCUUUUCCGAUCACCAAAAUGUAUUCUUGCCAAUGAAGUUGCAGGCAUAAUGAUAUACUAAAGUAUUAGUUAAAUUCACCGGAGCGUUUUAAUAGUGGAUUUUCACACUAUUGGGGGUACAGACACGCCAAAGCAGAGCAAAUCUACUCCUCCAAAGAGGUUUUAAAAAGUUUUCAGUUGUUAUCAGUAGGCUACGUUUUCAAGCGAACUUUAAAGAUAACAGGUACAGGGGAGUAGCUAUUUCAUGAUAUCACACGAUCGCUCUUUCCACACUAAAUUCAUUUUAAGAUAAGCCAGUUAAACGUGCAUCUUCAAUAAAAAAAGGUUGAUUUCAGUUUUAUCGAAAGAAUUUAACGUCAUAUAAUGUUAUUUUUUGGUUUCUUAAGUCAUAGGAAACCUGUGAAAACUGUUACAAAGUUUAUCUCAAGUGUCAAGUUUUCGUCAAAAAUGUACAUAAAAUGUUGUUUUAAAUGACAUUGUGUAAUAAAGUCUUCUAACUCAUAAUGUUUUAGUAAAUGUGAAAUGCAAGACGCGCCGAUUGCUGUAACGUACGUAUAUGUAUGUGCAUAUUUACCAUGCGAACCCGUUUUUGGUGAAAAUGCUAUGAAUUUGCCAUUGUAAUGAUAGAUUGCAUUGUGGGUGUCAAUAUUAAGUGACGGCCAUAUUUGCCGGUGCCGCUCCGCUGUAAACAAAAAGUGUCUGAGGGAGACAGAGACGCUUCAGUGAAUUUCAGGACAUUUUUAUUUCUUUAAUUUACAAUGUCUCUGGGAAUGUCUUACAAACCCAACCUCCACCAACACAUUCCGGGAACUUCCGUGAACCAGGUUGGUAACGUGCAUUCUCCGUCAACAAGCCUAGCAACGUUACAGUCCUACAGGCCAAUAGUGAACGACUACGGACCGCCUUCCUUGGGUUUUACACAGGGUACGAGCGCAACCCAAGUGCCUCAGAGCAAAUACGCCGAGCUCCUGGCCAUCAUUGAGGAGCUGGGCAAGGAGAUCAGGCCAACGUACGCAGGCAGCAAAAGUGCCAUGGAGAGACUAAAAAGAGGAAUAAUUCAUGCCAGAGGCCUGGUGCGGGAGUGCUUGGCAGAAACAGAAAGAAACGCACGCUCUUAAAUACCAGAGCCGCCCUGUCAACAGCACUCCAACCUCAACACCCAAUCAGAGUCACCGUGUCAACACAACCUAACCUGAAGACCCAAUCAGAGUAACCGUGUCAACACAACCCAACCUCAACACCCAAUCAGAGUAACCGUGUCAACACAACCCAACCUCAACACCCAAUCAGAGUCAUCGUGUCAACAUAACCCAACCUGAAGACUCAAUCAGCGUCACCGUGUCAACACAACCCAACCUGAAGACCCAAUCAGAGUCAACACAACCCAACCUGAAGACCCAAUCAGAGUCAACACAACCCAACCUGAAGACCCAAUCAGUCAUCGUGUCAACGUACUUCAGCCUGAACACCCAACUGGAGCCAACCUGAAGAACCAAUACAUCUCAAGACUUCCUCUCUUCUAAAAAUUAUUUAAUCAGAACUGGAAACUCCAGAGAUGCUCAGAUCCUCUGAGUCCAGUAGUAACGCUGACUUUCUUUGCUUCCUGACAGUUAAUCGGCUGCCACUGAUUGGCCAGUGAUCCCACUGACCUGUAGUCCCUGGUCUAAAUCAGUCCCUGAUUGGAGGGAGAGAAUGGAGCACAUUCUGGCUUCCAGAGCCAGGUUUAAGUAGCCCUGCAAUACACCUUUCCGCAAAACAGCAAAAAUAAAAUAAAAUGAAAUAAACACAGAGACAUCUGACCAGGGGGAUGUGGAAACAGGAGCGAGUGUCCAGUGUUUGGGCCGCUCAGACAGGAACUGCCUGGUAUUAUUUGUGUUCCCAUUUGGGAAUAUAUGAAUUUUCUUGACUGCUUCUAUAAAAAAAAUUUUUUUAAUAAAAAGAAUUUGCAUGCUAGGUAGGACUGCCCCCUGGAUAAUUCUAGAAAACUGCAUGGCUUGUACAGGGUAAGACGGUAGCAAGGGGCAUGUAACGAUGGAUUAGGAUCUUUUUAACACACUAAUACGUAGGCGACAAGGACGAAGACCAAAUAUACUGUACCACGAAGCGGAUUUGGAUAAACUGUUGUAAUAAAGCCAUUAUUUGCAUCUUUGUAAGUAUU